UCGCUUCGCAGUCUGCCGGUAUUAUUCUAUCUUAAAGGAAAACAAGAAAGGAUUAGAUUGAUAUGAAGUGGACCAAGGAGCAAGUUAGCAUUUUAAUAGAAAAUUACAAACAACAUGAGAAUUUGUAUGACACAGAACAUCCUCACUAUUUUGAUCGUCUUCAAAGGGAGAAUUCUAUCGAUUCUAUCUGCAAUGAACUUAAGAAACUGGACGAAACAAUUACUCCAAGUGCAGUUACGACAAAAGUUCACUCAUUGAGGUCACAGUAUGGAAAGGAACUGAAAGCAGUACAAAACAACAAGCGUGCACCAAGAUUGUGGUUUUUCAAUAAAAUUGAUUUUUUAAGGCCUCUGUAUAUUCGGAAAGUUCAAUCGCGUCUCAAUAAUGGGAGUUCAGAGGAGGAGUAUGAGGAUGAUGAUUAUGACGAUGACAGUCAAGAAGAUGGACAUGGAAGGACACAUCCCUACAUUCCGCAGACCCGCGAAAGAAUUUGGACGCCAGAAAUCACAAAAAUAUUAAUAGAAAAAUAUAAGGAACACCCACAAUUAUAUGAUGUCUCAGAUCCCGCCUACAGAGACAGUGAUUUGAGAAAACACAUACUCGUUGAUAUUUGUGAAGAUGUAAGAAAAUUCAUGCCAAAUAUAACUGUGGAUGACAUUAAGAAUAAACUGCAUUCUUUGCGAAGCCUGUAUGGAGCAGCUUUGCGUCGCAUGGAACGGCGUAGACUUAAAGGUUUGCCGGUGGUGGAGCCCACAUUGUGGUGUUAUAACCUAUUACAUUUUUUGAAGCCGCAUAUCAUGAGUGUACAACUUAAAGUAUCCAACUCUUAUAGCACACAUUUGAGUGAAAUUUCGGCGGAUAGUGACACUAGUUCGAAUGAAAGUCCAGCGAAAAAAUUGAAUUUCAAUAACGAUAAACAUUGUGAUGAGCUGGGGGAUGAUUAUUUACAGCAAGGGCCUAGUAAAAGAGCAAAGAUUUGUAAAGAUGUAGAAACCCCUAAAUCAUUAGCUAAGAAACCGGAAAACCUGCACCAAGGACAUAAUGAAAAGAGUGAUGGUGAUGACUAUGUCGACACAUACGAUGAGGAAACGUUGGUUGAUUAUGCCCCGAAAAAGAAUAACUGUUCAAUAUUUUCUGCAUCUAGGGCUCAGUAUGAAUCCUCAGACGACACAACUCAAAUAAAAAAUCCUUGUCCUAUAACUGUAGCAAAUGCAAAAUUUAAACAUGAAACUGAAGUACAUACUACAAAUAAGAGGAUAAGUCCAAUACCCGUCACAGAUACCAAAGAUAAAAGUAAAACUAAAGUCAAUUCUACAAAUGAAAGGAUAAGGAAAAUUGAACUGGAUAAAAAAUUACUUAGCCCUAAGCUCUUGGAUGAUUAUUCCAGUUAUUAUUGGCUGGGCAAUCAAGUAGCAUUUGAAAUAAAGUCAUUAAAGAAUGAAAGUAUACGUCGCGAUGCGAUUGAAAGAAUCCAAAAAGUUCUACAUGAGGCCUACAGGCAUGAUACAACUAGUUGUCCAGAUCCUCUCACAACAAAUACACGGAAAAGGAAGCGUUGAAAUUUUUUGUAUAUAAUAUACAAAAUAACAAGUUAAAAAGCAGUAAGUUCGGCCGGGCCGAACUUUUAAUACCCUCCACCAUUUACAACGAAUUUGGAAAUUUUCAAAAAAUAAAAUCCUUAAAAAAUUCUGUUAAAAUUUUAAAAAUACCGAAUAUAGCCGUUAUGUUGGGGUCUAUACGACGUGGACAUACAUACGCAUUGUUUGUCAUAAGCCAUUACCAUAUUCAAAUUCGAAACUGGACCCGCACCGACAAUUUUCUGUCACAGACUGUAGUUCCCAUAACGAACUUCAAAUAUCAAAUUUUAAACAAUUCCGGUUAAUAAUGUCGCUAAAAUCAUCAAAAUACCGAACAUAGCGAGGUGCCGUUAUAUGGGGGCUAUACGAAGACGUGGACCUGCACAGACAAUUUUCAGUCUUAGGGUGUAGAAUCCAUUUGGAACUUAAAAUACCAAAUUUGAAACAAGUCCAGUGAAUAAUGUCGCUAAAAUCAUCAAAAUACCGAAUAUCGGGAGGUACCGUCAUAUGGGGGCUAUACGAAGACAUAGACUUGCACAGACAAUUUUCUAUAUUAGGGUGUAGUAUCCAUUUGGAACUUCAAAUACCAAAUUUGAAACAAUUCCGGUGAAUAACGUCGCUAAAAUCAUCAAAAUACCGAAUAUAGGGAGGUACCGUUAUAUGGGGGCUAUACGAAGACGUGGACCUGCACGGAUAAUUUUCCGUCUUAGGGUGUAGUAUCCAUUUGGAACUUCAAAUACCAGAUUUGAAACAAUUCCCGUGAAUAAUGUCGCUAAAAUCAUCAAAAUACCGAAUAUCGGGAGGUACCGUUAUAUGGGAGCUAUAUGAAAACGUGGACCUACAUGGCCCAUUUACAAACUUAACCUGCCUACUGGAAAAAUAAACAUGUGUGCAAAAUUUUAGCCAUCUAUUUCAAUUUAUUCGAAAGAUAGCGUGAUUACAACAGACAGACAGACGGACAGACAGACAGACAGACGGACAUCGCUAAAUCGACUUAGAAUUUUACGCUGAUCAAGAAUAUAUAUACUUUGUUGGGUCUGACAUGAGUAUUUCGAGGAGUUACAAACGGAAUGACAAAGUUAAUAUACCCUCCAUAGUAUGGUGGAGGGUAUAAAAACCAUAAGCCUUAAUUUUCAAAAGAUUUUUCGGACAAAUUUGCCUUGGCAGAAAAGAACACAAUUAAUUUUAUGCUCUGUUCCAGAAGAAAAUUUCAAAACUAGUAGAUUCUUGCAGGUUCCAGAACAAAGCAUUAGGUGGCCCUUGUCAUCCUGAUUCCAAAUAUGUAUAAUUCGUGUUUACCUUCUGAGAUUUGUGUUUUAUUAGUCUCUGCAGCAGAGAAAAUCAUUCUGCCUCAGUGCCUCCUAGAGCAAAAUUCGUUUCUUGAACCCUACAUCAUACAUUUUUCGAUCUUUAGAACCCUGAUCUGCAAGUUCUUGAUGUUUUUGUUUUGACUUGGCUUUUCAUCAGUCAUUUUACUAAUUCCCAUUUAGUUCUUUGUUUUUUAUUAUCACGGCGGCUGUUUUCUACUAGGAAGCUUUGUAGUCUGGAUCUCG